UAAUAGAGGAAGGACCGACUCGAUUUAUGGAGUUUCGAGGAGGAAAUUUGUUUCCAGAGUUUCUGUCCGAGGCUGUUUGAACCGAAACAAAAUGUUAAACUUUGGAUUGUUUGUGGGCUUCACGCUGGUCGGCCUGGUUCUCUGCGACAUCACGGACGGAAACACGGAGCAUCUGAAGAGGGAGCACUCGUUGAUGAAGCCCUACCAGGGUGUCGGCAACAGCCCCAGCAGUCAGUGGGACUUCUGGGGAAGCACGCUGGUGACGAGCUCCUACGUCCGACUCACUUCAGAUGAGAGGAGCAAACAGGGAUCCAUCUGGAACACUGUGCCGUGUUACCUGAAGGACUGGGAGAUGCAUGUGCAGUUCAAAGUUCAUGGGUCAGGAAAGAAGAAUCUCAACGGCGACGGCAUCGCUCUCUGGUACACAAAGGACAAACUGCAUCCUGGCCCUGUGUUUGGAAACCAAGAUCAGUUUGUUGGCCUGGCUUUGUUUGUGGAUACCUUCCGCAAUGACCUCCAUGGGAUGGAUCGUUCCUUCCCGUUCAUCUCGGCCAUGGUGAACAACGGCUCGGUGAACUACGACCACGGCAAAGACGGCCGCUCGUCGGAGCUGGGAGGCUGCUCGGCCGAGAUCAGGAACAGGGAGCACGACACGUACCUCGCCAUCCGCUACUCCAAAGGACGACUCACUGUGAUGAUUGAUGUGGAGGACAAGAAUGAAUGGAAGGAGUGCAUCGACAUCGGAGGUGUUCGUCUGCCUACCGGAUAUUUCUUUGGCGCCUCAGCAGCUACAGGAGAUCUGUCUGAUAACCAUGACAUCAUCUCGAUGAAGCUCUACCAGCUGAUGGUAGAACACACUCCAGAGGAGGAGAACCUGGACUGGACCAAGAUCGAGCCCAGCGUCAGCCUCCUCAAGUCCCCUAAAGACAACAUCGACGAUCCCACUGGAAACUUCCGAGGCACGCCGCUCACCGGCUGGAAGGUCUUCCUGCUUCUGCUCUGCGCCCUGCUGGGAAUCGUAGUUUGCGCGGUGGUGGGAGCUGUAGUUUUCCAGAAGAGACAGGAGAGGAACAAGAGGUUUUACUGAGGAGAGAGAGCGAGAGAGAGAGAGAGAGAGAUGGAAGAGAGAAGAACCUGAUCAAGAGAGGUGUCGGUUGUGGAACAAACUGUUUCCAGAUGACAGCACAUUCAAUGUGAAUUCUUUUCUAAAGAUUGUACAAAUGUUUAUAUCUUUUGAAGCACUGCGUUUGGAGGGGGGGGGAUGAGGUGACUUGUGAAGUCGGUAAGAAGGCGCAAAAAAAAAAAACGAUUAUGAUUGGCCCUGAUCGAUGCUGUCUUUGUUCUCCAUGUUUUCAUUAGUUUCAGGGUUAGAAUAUAGUUGCUGUCCUUUACAAACUUUAAAAAGUCGGAAGUCCUUCUCUGCUGCAGAUGUGACGCUACAAAACGGUAAUUUAGUCCAUUUAACCUGAUUAUUUCUGCGUGAAAGGAAAUAGCUCCAUACACAAAAAAACAUUAUGAAGUUAUUGUGGCAAUAAACUACCAGGGUUGAGGCUUAUUGGAAACGCUGUCUUUUUAAACUGGAGGCCGUAUUGACUGACUACACGUGAAAAAUAUAUCCUUCCUGUUGCGUCUUCCUGUCUGAUUGACGUUUACGUGAUUGGAUACCGUUGCGUGUUCCCAAAAAUAGAUAAUUGGUGAUGGAUGAUUUAAUUUUUCGCUGCAGGCCGCCUUGUUUGUUUCUGUUUUACGCUUCCUUUGCGGUCUCCAUCAUUCUUCUGCUUAUUCCCUAUUAUAGACCACUAUUGCUGCAACUAACAACUGUUUAAUCAGUCAAUUGGAUUCUCAAUUAAUGGUUUUGUCCAGAAAAUGUCACGAAAUGAUGAAAUAUAAAUAUUUACGGUAUGAAAUACCCAUCACAAUCAUCUUACUAACAAAGAGAUUUCGUUGAAUCUCAUAGAAAAUAUUCACAUUCAUUGUAGCUUGAGCCAGUUGAUUAUUACCGAUCAAUCUAAUUUCAAACUAAUCAAAGUAGUUUUCUUUCAGAGGCGCUAUAUCACACAGCAGAUAUUAUAUUUAAUGAGUUUAGGUCGUGGUUCACUAAAUAGAUUGAUCAUGAAAAUCAGAUGCGUCUGGAUCUGGGUGACUUACCACCUCCGAUAACCCCUUAAAACCCCUCUUGUUGUUUAAUUGAACUGGUUAUAUAUCGGAUACUAAAUGGCCAGAGAGUUUAAGGAUUUACAAACUGGUAGAGUGUUGAUUCAUAACUGUGUCAAAUUAAAGAGGUUGUAAAUGUGCAUUCAUCUUCAAAUUGUCACUUUAAUCAAUGUUGUGACGGCACAAACUAUAACAUUUUGCAUCAUGUUAUCGUACCGUUUAAAUUCAGUUCAAUAUAAAUGAUGUCUUGUGAAGCUCUUACUUACUAUCACAACUUCUCCUUUUAUAUAUUACAACAGAAUGAGGCCACUCUAAAGAGUUCAGUGCACAAGUGGAUGAAUCUUGAAAACUGAACAGCCUCAAAAACUUCUUUUUCUUUUCCCUGCAGGAUCUUUAGAACAGCAUUUUAUUUUUUAAAUCCAGAAUAUGCCUUUGUUGUUUUUCUAAGCAUGUUUGGUUAUUAAUGGUAAACUGUGACUUGAAUAAACUUCUUCAGUAAAAUGAGUAUUCAAAUAAUUAACUGCAACAUAAAACAGGUGACAAAAAAAUAGCUUAUAAAGCUCAAAGAACAGGAGUUGCUGAACCUUGAAGUCCAUGAACGAUUGCUCACAUCAGACACAUUUACAUUUCAUCAGUUUUCUUUCACUGUCAUGUUUGUUUUGUUGAUGUUUUUGUUUUUUUUCCCAUUAUUUUCCUGUUUGGUUCAAAAAUGCUAAAAGUAGAAUUAAGGAUUUGAUGACACACUUGUUCUCUUUUUCCUGUGUUCUUGAAAACCGCUCUGUAUUUGUGUCUGCCACGUUGGUUGGUAGGUUUUCGUGAUGGGACUUGAAACAGCUCGUCUCAGCAGAAAUAAUGUAAUAAAAAUAAAAGGAAAAAACAA